UUUGUUGCGAUGUUUCAAUUUUCAUGGAUUCUUAUUUUAUUUACGUUCAGUCAUCGCAAAUAACAACUAAUUUUUAUAAAAAUCUUUUGUCCAUCAUGUUCGCAUAGCAUAUAUUUUGAGAGAUGUGUAAAUUAAUUUUAUAAAUAACGUUAUAUGUCAAGGCAAACGGCCUUGUAGUUAAUAUAGAUUUACGGACAGUUUUCCAAAUGUGUUGUUUUGAAAGAUAAUGGAUCCGAGAAUGUGCAGGAAAAUCAGUAGUAGUGAAAGUCUUCCAGACGCUGAAAAUGCGGAAUUUGAAAUAUCUAACAUCAUUGCACCGCAGGAGAGUGAGGAGAAUUUCUUAUUGGAGGGCAGUCCGGAACAGCAGUCAGUAACUUGGCUGGACGACGAUCAAAUUGAUGACUUAGAUCUCAAUUUAGACCAAACUAACCUAUUUUUUCAUAGAGUCGAUAGUGCAGAUAUAAUAUACAGAACUAAAAAGAAAAAAUGUAAAAUGGUAGGGAAGUACGUGAUGGGUGACGUAUUGGGAGAGGGAUCUUAUGGUAAAGUAAAAGAGAUGUUGGACUCGGUGACGCUUUGUAGGAGAGCUGUUAAAAUAUUAAAAAAACGAAAACUAAGAAGAAUACCUAAUGGAGAACAAAAUGUGCAAAGGGAGAUCCAAUUAUUGAGAAUACUUAGACACAAAAAUGUGAUAGAACUAGUCGAUGUUAUGUAUAAUGAUGAGAAGCAAAAAAUGUAUUUAGUUAUGGAAUUCUGUGUCGGUGUGCUACAGGAUAUGUUAGAAUCAAAUCCCAGUAAGAAGUUUCCUCAACGUCAAGCACAUGAUUACUUUACCCAGCUGCUGGAUGGCUUAGAAUAUUUGCAUGGUCAGGGCGUAGUUCACAAAGAUAUUAAACCCGGAAACUUACUCCUUACAUUGGACCAAACAUUAAAAAUAACCGAUUUUGGUGUCGCUGAGGCAUUGGAUAUGUUUUCUCCAAAGGAUACAUGUUACACUGGUCAAGGGUCUCCCGCCUUCCAGCCUCCUGAGAUUGCUAAUGGUGCAGAACAAUUCUCUGGAACCAAAGUUGAUAUAUGGAGUAGCGGAGUUACUUUAUACAAUAUGACGACAGGGAAGUAUCCGUUCGAGGGUGACAACGUGUACCGGUUGUUGGAGGCGAUCGGUCGAGGCGAGCCGGCUCCUCCGCCGCCCGCUGUAGGGCCAGAGCUGCACCGACUGUUACAGCACAUGCUGAGCAGGGAUCCCGAGAAGAGGCCCUCUGUACAGGAGAUUAGGCGACAUGACUGGGUACGUUCUAUCCCCCCCUGGCGUGCUGGUGAGGCAGCUGUUGGUCCUCGCUCCCGCCGCUCGGACGAACUCCACUCGUCCACCGUGAUACCAUACUUGGUAGAGAGACAUUACGGUGGACACGACUACUACACGGAGCGGGAGCUGAGACAUGAUUCUGACGUAUUUACAGAUCUGGGUCACGUUCGGGAGCGCGUUUGUUCAUUAACUCGAAUUGGGUGACGGUUCCCGUACUAUGUCGACCGCGGAACUGUCAGACGAAUCGACGCAAUGCAAGCGACGCUGGCACUCGUCGUGUGGACGUCUGCCGUGCCGACUAACUUGAAACAACGACCUUAUUUAUACUACAUAAGAUUUGUUUUUCAUUGACGUUCCCCCGCUCGAUGUGUCACUUGCGACGUGUUUUAUUGACGUUCCUUAUUUGAACUUUUUUAUUUUUUACAACGGUGCUGUUUAAGUGGCUUUCGUAAUGCCAAGCCAAUAUCGCGUCCUACAAAGUGAUAUAGAUGAUAAAAUUUUUUGUUAAUAAUUUUUUAAAGGAACGUCAAUGAAAAAUAUAUCUUUCUAAGCUGUGUGUAUUUCUGUUUAUUAGCCGGAAUUUAUUGUGCUGUUUCGUUGACAGUAUGAUUUGAAUCGUUCAAUUUAAUGCUAGCUCUAUGUUACGGGGGAUUAUAUAAAUAAUCAUAUGAAAAUACAUAAUACAUAUAUAUCAUACUUUGAGUAAAUUAAAUGGAGAGCUGGCAUUAACUGAAGUUGCAUUUCGCUACUCGCAUUUAUGCAAUGCCAAAUAAUUCCCACCGACAGGAUAUAGUAAAUAUAUGAAAACUUAUUUCUUUUCCGUCCUUAUAUUAAUAUGAGCAAUAAAAAAAUGCUCGUGUUCAACAUCUAUGAUACGAACUCGCUUCUAUGUGAAAGCAUAAUAAAAUAAGGAUUACUAUUGAAAAAUAGCAUUAAUGCUCACAGAAGUAAUCAACGACUUAUUGAAUUUAAAAAAAACAACUAAGUUUACGAAGUAACGCGGUAUAUAUUAAGUGUUUUAGAAUAUUGGAUCUCAGAAACUGUUCCUUUGCACCUGAGUAAGAAAAAAAAAAUAGCGAGACAAUGAAUUGAACGGUCCAAGGAUAUUCGAAAUUUGAAAGUGAAAUUAUCGUGCGUAAUAAAAUAAAAGAUAUAUUUGAAAUAUUAUAUUUUAUGAUCUAUAUUUGAAAUUGUUUCGAUGAAAGUCGAAAAAUGUUGGAGACAAUAAUAUUGUAAGUAAUAAUAAAGCAUCACGUGCAAUAUUACUAUGUAGUGAAAUGCGACUUCUAGUUCCUGAGUGCUGUCACAGGAUCUCAAACUGAAACAGACAAAAAAUAUAUACUUGACAGAACAGAGACUAUGACGUCAUGAAUCUUAAUUUGUUUAAAAAAUAUAUAUUUUUUAAUUUGGAAUAUUGCUCAAAGCCUUCUACUUAGUAUAAUUCAAAUCUGCGUCCCUGUAUUAAUUUCGUUUAAAACGUAGUUUUCAGUACUUAAAUAUAAAAUUCGUUUAUUAAAUUUGUUUUUUUUUUUUUGGCUUUGUAGUGAUAUUCUAUUAACUUUAUUUCUUUAAUGCAUGUUAGAAUAAUUAAUUGCUUUACGUGUAGAGAUUUUGUUGUACAAUUCAGUGUUACCAUUAGAAGAAACAUGAAGUCUCCUUGGACCGAACUGAAUAUAUAAAUUAUAUUUUAAAAUAGUCAAUUUUGUAUAAAACUAUAAUAACUACCGAUAUUGAGGAAAAGAAAAAUAUUUUUUCGCUUAAUUUUAAGACGAAAGAAAGGAAAAUUAUUUUUCUUUUUACAUCAAUUGUAUUAUAUCAGAUCGGUUCCAGAGAUUCUUCAUAAUUUGUUUUUAAAUAUGAUAAACCUUUUUGGUGGUACCAUGCAACAUUUUUUUUUUAUUGGACCUUUUUAAAUCUGUCGUGAUAUAAUAUAACUCACUGUGUUCAAUCGUUUAAUUAAAUAGAACGUUGAUGUCUUAUAAGAUAUUUCUCACUAAUCCUUGACGGAACAUUUUUAGCGACCUCACUUUUUCACUAACAUAAUUCGUAGACUGAACAUAUAUGUUUUUUUAACUUGCCUGGACAUUUCGUUGUAGGCUACGGAUAUUUGCAUUAAAAUUAUGUUUACGGUUAAUUUGAAAUUUGACUUUUGUAAAAGAUAUUUUUCUAGGUUAGUUGAUCAAACAGCUCUCCUAAAUGAGCUAUUGGCGUUUAAACUUUUACUAUAUAUAUAAAUAUAUUUACCAUAUAUAUGUAUAUAUAGUAAAAGUAAAGCAAACAGUAAACCCCUGUAUAUAUAUACAGCGGGUGUAUUAUUUGUUGUUUUGUCUUAUGAAGGUGGUAAGGGAAAUUUAUUGUAAUUAUUUUGGAAGACAAUUGUUGUAUAGCUUUUAGAUAUUCAGUAGGUGUUUCGGUAGUUAAAAAGUAUAAAUUCCCACUUGUAAUAAUGUCGAAAUUUCAUUGAAUAGACAUUAACAAAGAUAUUCACACCAAAUUUCCUUUAAAGCUGUCAUACAUCGUGAGUAAGUUGUUUUUUUGUCGAUUCUUGUUAUCAUUAAUUGCUAUCGUAGUUAAUUGUUUUCGUCUCUAUGGCAAUAAACGUAUGAAGUUUAUAUAACUUUUAGAUAGUACGAUUGAUCAAAUCUCGUAUAUUACAAGCCAUUGAUUAUAGAAAAAUUGACAUUCUUUCUAAAUAAAACAGCGCUUUAAGCAGUAUUCCCGUUCGUUUGUGCGUUAGACUGUUUAUUAUUAAGCGAUGAUUGUUUUUUGUUGAAAUUUCCUAUAUCCGGGCUUAAGAGAUUAAUGAAGUAACAGGCGAAGCUGUUUUGAAUUUUGUUGAAAAAGUGGGGUCACGGUAUAAGUUGUGUGUGACGCUUAAUAUGUACAUGCAGUGCCUGAAAUGAUACAAGCAAACUAUAACAGAUACAGAGAAUAUUAAUAUAUUGUAAAUAAAAUGGAAAAGAAUAU